CGCGCUGUGGGAGUGGAUGCUGAGGUGAGGAGGGCUUAAAGUUCUGCAUGUCCAACCCCCUCAGAGUCCACACAGUCCACACAGACCCACACAGUCCACACAGACCCACAGCAGAAGAAGCGGACGCCGCGCGCUGAGGAUGCGCGGAUCCGCUCCAGACAUGCGCUCCGUGGGCCGCUCGUGGCUGCUGCUCACGGGCUUCGUGCUCUUCUACAUCAUCUACCUCCUGUUCGGGGCCCUGGUGUUCUCCAGCAUCGAGCGGCCCGUGGAGGAGCAGCUGCGCCGGGACGUGGACGCGCUCAAGCGGGAUUUCCUGAACCGCAGCUGCGUCAACGGGGCCGCGCUCGAAGCCUUUCUGUCCAAAGUGCUCCGGGCCAACAAGUACGGCGUGUCCGCCCUCAGGAACGCGUCCUCCGCCUCCAACUGGGACCUGGCCUCGUCCAUGUUCUUCGCCAACACCCUGGUCACCACCGUGGGUUAUGGCCACACCAGCCCUCUGUCCGACAUGGGGAAGGCCUUCUCCAUCCUCUACGCCCUCAUCGGCGUCCCCUUCACCAUGCUGGUCUUGACCGCCUGUGUCCAGAAGCUCCUGGUCCCCCUGGUCCUGGCUCCUGUCGGGCUCCUGCAGCGUUGGGGUCUGGAGCCCCGUCCGGCCGUGGUGGUCCACUUCGUGGUGCUGCUGGUUCUGGUGGUGCUGGGCUUCUUCAUGGUGCCGGCGGCCAUCUUCAGUACGUUGGAGGGGUCCUGGUCCUUCCUGGAUGGCGUCUACUUCUGCUGCGUCUCCUUGUUCACCAUCGGACUCGGGGACUUCGUUCCUGGGACUCAACCCCGGCAGAAGAACAAGGCCCUGUACCAGGUUUCCGUCAUGGUCUACCUGUUCCUGGGUCUGAUGAUGAUGUUCCUCCUUCUCCGGACCUUCCAUAAAAUGGCCGACCUGCACGGGGUGACCAGCCUCCUGCAGCUGCCGCGCUGCGAGGAGUCGGACCAGGACGACGACCGGGAGCCCAUCGUCGAGGAGGAGGGCGACGCCCACAACGACCGGACCUCACCCUCCCCAGUGGCGAAGGGUGACGGCAGCAGCAGCCCCCUGGAACCCGGAUCACAGCCGUCGUACAACACCAUCAACAAAGGCUGAAGACAUGAACACUGACAGGAACGGGAGGAUCUACCUCGAAAAAAAUCAACGCAGCGUCCAAAUAUGACCUGGGUUCAGUUGUUCCUCGUCUUGGAGAAAAGUCAAAUGGUGUUUUUGGCCAUCUGACAUUCGUUUUUGACCAUCAGACGUUUGUUUUCUGCCAGUUUACGGGGUGAUUGUGUGGGGUUUUUUGGCUCGUGAAGGACUCGGACUAAAACGACUGUUUCAGAUCACUUUUAUGGAGUCGAUUCAUUACCACAAUCUAAUUCACAAAACAUGUUGUACAAAUAAAUGUAUUUUCUUCUACAAAUACAAAACUACAGAUCAAAUACACAACAUAUUUAAUAUUCAUGCUUCUGAAAGGAGUCUUCAAACCUAAUAUAUCCCUUGAUUUUUAGCUCAGUCCUUCCACUAUUUGUGCUGAUAAUUCACCUCCACUGCAGCAGGUGGUGCUACAACUUACUCCAUCAACUUUAAGUUUAAUUUCACACAUAAGAAUCAAACUGUUACUCAUGUUAUAUUUUGGGCUGUUUUUACACAUGUAACAUUCAGCUUGGCUUAAGAAAAACAGAACUUCAUUCCUUAUUUCAAUAGUUUCUUGUACUUUUUCAUCCAAUAUGAGUGUUACAUGUGUAAAACUCACUUUAUUAAGUUAAAAUAACAUGUGUUAACUUCAUUUGAUCCUUUUUAAUACAUGAAAAAUAACGAGGGCUGCAUUAUGUGGUUUUAAAUGGACGAGUGGCGCCACCUGCUGGUGUGGAGGUGAAUUACGCUGAUAGUGAGAAAAUCUGCACAAAUAGUUGAAAGAUGAGUCACAGUUUCUUUAUAAGGUUAUUUUUGUACUUGUACUUGAUCUAGAGAUGUUGUGCGUUUGUUUGAUAGAUUUUGUAUUUGUUCGUAAAUUGUUUUGUUUUUUUUCUUGGCGAAUUGCAUAACAUUUGUAAAGCAUGUUUUGUUUUGGCGGGAAUUGACCUCCGUACUUACAAGUCUGUCGUUUUUAGUCUGUUCACAUCUUAAAAAAAAUACUGUUAAAUGACCAAAGUGCCUUCUUAUCUCGUUCAGAUCCUCUAAUGAUGCUCCACUCAUCCACAUGGAGGUUAAAACACGAGUUCAUCAACCCUUAAUGCAUCCCAACAUGCAUGAAAAAUCACAAGAAUCUGCUCUGGUCUGUGAAUAAAACUCCUAAAUGUGGAUAUGAGGCGGCUGGGACAUCACUGGAAUGUGCUUUAUUUAAUCAGAUUUCAUGAACAUUAGCUGUGAUGUCUGAUUCAUUCCUGAGCAGCUGCAGACACUGAUGCCUUCAACACUGCUGCCCCCUGGUGUCCACAUCAAGUACUGCACAAAAAAGCCUCCAGAGCAGGAACAAGUAGGGUUAAAGGGUCAGAAAUGAGGGACUGAGAUGGAAAAAUUAUGAUCAGUACGUGUUUAAUUCCAUCUGAGGUAAUGAACGCUUUGAUGCACUUUACGCUGGGUAUUUUUUGUCAUCAUUGAAGAGACUGAUUAAUGACCUGAUGCUGUAAAAUGAGUUAUUUCAGUCAAUGAUGGUGUUUGUCGUAGCAGUUUAGUAUUAGUUAAAUGUAUGUUCACGAUGAUAAAUUAAUAAACUUGUAUUGUAAUA